AUGUCUAAACGAUGUCGGAAGAAGUUAAUUUUAAAAAACCCAGAAACAGAGCCAAAACAGAGUCCACCGAGAAGUGAUGUCCAACCAACCAAUCGGCCAACAUUGCCAAUUGAAAAUGUGUUUGACGAUGAGAGUGAUGAAGAGAUUUUUCCAACAAAUAAACGUCAAAAAACAUAUUUUUCUACUGAACCAAAUAUAACUGAAAAAAUCGUACCUUUACAUGAAUUUAGCUCACAACAAGAAUGUGUCAUUGAUAAACAACAGUAUGACAAUACAAAACAAUAUACUUUCUUACAUGGGCACCCAAGCUCUAUAAUUAUUGCAAAUACAAGAACAUUACAACACAAAGCAAAAACACGUGCUCAGACUGCCACUAAAAAAAAUUCAAUUUAUCCUGAUCAAGUGAAAGAACCAGAAGAAACAGUUAACCUCAGUCCAAACAUCCUAAAAACUAUUCAACUCAAAACACAAGAAGAAACAGUGUUUCUCAGUCCUAGUACCGGAAAAACUUGUCAAAUAUUGCAGAAUGUUCGCUUGUCCGCUUCUAGUGCUUCAACCUCACCAAUAAAAAAACAAAAUCCUAUAGGUUCCCCUUCAAAAGAUUUUCCUCAUAUAACUACGGAGAGCAGAGCUGGAUCUUUGUCAGAAAUCUCACGCUCCAAUUUACUGGAUUGUAAUAUAUCACUUAGUGAGGACAACAUUCAACAAUUACUUCGUACUCCGACACAAAAAAGACCGAGAGAAAAUGUUACAUCCGAAUGUACAUAUUCAGAAGACUUUAAUCCGUCCAAAUCCAAAAAAAGUCAUGAAAUAGUAGAGGUCUCUGUAAUUAUAGAAAGUAUUCCUGAUGACAAUGUUAAAGGAAAACGAGACAUGAAUAACAAAUUGCCAACUGUUCUAAAAUCACCUGAUAUUGUCGAAUAUGAUAUUAUUGAACAUAUAGACUGCGAAAACAAUAAUAUAAUACAAACAAACAAAAUAUGUCACAGUGUGCAGAAUAUUCGAAAAUCACCUGAGUUGGAUGAGAGUAAUAAUAUGGAAGAUGAUAAUUUUAGCGGUACUGACAAUGAUUAUAGUCCUUCGGAGGAAGACUGUAGUGAUUCGGAAGAGUAUGCUUCAAUGGAAAAUUGUGUUCAUUCAGAUCAGGAUUUAUCUCCAGAUAGUGAAUAUGAAGAAGCUACAGAAGAUGACAUUUUAGUCACGGACGAAACAUUACCCGGCACGCAAGCUAAAGAUCACGAUGAGUGGGAAAAUAUAUCGGAAAGUCCCAUAACUUUUAAUGAAUUCGCUGGAGAAUGUACGUUUAAUUUACCCCCGUUUGUGGGAGUUACACCUGAAGAUAUAUACAAGAUGUUUGUUACAGAUGAGAUGAUUGAUAUAAUGGUAUCUGAAACAAAUGCUUACGCACAAAAGUAUAUACAAAUAAAUCAACAAAAUAUGAAACGUAAUUCACGCAUGACAAAAUGGAGUGACACCAGUUCUCAGGAAAUGAGAACAUUUUUGGCUGUUUUAAUGGCAAUGGGGAAAAAAAAUCAGAAAAAAGAAUUAGAACACAGUAAAAAAGUAGUGUUAAGAUUGAUGACAAAUCUGACAGAAAUGGGUAGAAUCGUAAUAGUAGACAAUUACUACACUUCGUUGGGCCUGGCAGAAGAUCUUCUAUCACAAAAAACAUUUUUAUGUGGAACACUUAAUAAAAUACGGAAAUAUCUGCCAAAGCAAGUUACUAGUUACAAAUUGCAGAAAGGCGAAAUAAUUGGAAAAAUGAACAAAAAGGGCGUAAAGGUAAUGAAAUGGAUGGAUAAACGGAAUGUUUUGAUGUUGACUACGUGCAAAGAUCACGAUGAUAACCUGAUAGAUACUGGAAAAAAGAAGAGAGGAACCGACGAAUGCAUAAAAAAACCGGGAUGUGUUUUGCUGUACAAUAAAACAAAAAAAGGCAUUGACUUUUCUGACCAGAUGUCUUCUUAUUAUACAACUUUGAAGAGAGGAAUCAAAUGGUGGAGAAAAGUUGUAAUGGAACUAAUAUUUGGUACGGCGCUAAUUAAUGCCUGGAUUGUGUUUAAUUCAAUCCAAACUGAUGGAAAAAAGUUACCAAAAAGACUCUUUGUGGAGAAACUUAUAGAAUCUUUAAUAAAAAAGGAAAUCGAUGAGACCCCAGCACCUGAAAGCGCACGCCAUUGCCUCGAAAAGGGUGAAAAAAGGAGAAGAUGUGUUGGUUGUUACCAAAAACUACGCACAUUUUUACCAUCUCGUGAAGCUGAUAAAAAAUCCAAAAAGAUUUUGACUCAGUGCACUCAGUGCAAAAAAUCUUAUUGUCUACCCUGUUUCAAUGAAAAACACUCAUAA